AUGGCAACGACGUUGACGGGUGGAAACCCGCAUAUUAUUGAGCUUCCCAAAACAACGAGCAGCGCACCGCCAGAUGCGCGGGCUGUGAUUCAACAGUGGCUUGCAGCUUUAGAGACAGCUUUGUCGAAGCCAGCCACCCUUGACAUUGCCUCGCUUUUCCAUGAAGAAUCAUGGUGGCGAGAUAUGCUGGCUCUUGACUGGGACAUGCGCACCUUGCACAGCGCAGCUGAGAUAUCCCAGUUCCUUGGCACCCACCAGAGCAAGGCAAGGCUGUCGGGGUUUCAAAUUCAAGAACAGGGCAAGUUUCAGCCACGCUGGGAGCAGGUAGUUGACGGGUUGAGCUGGAUAUCCAGCAUGUUCUUUUUCGAGACUGCCUUUGGUCGAGGCACCGGGAUGGCGAGGCUUACGCAGGGAGACGAUGGCUACUGGAAGGCGUAUGCGAUGUAUACUUCUCUGCAAGAAUUGAAGGGAGCUGAGGAGCCCCUCGGCAAGAGACGGCCUGAAGGGACGACAGAGAGUAUGCUUGGUGGACUUGCAGCGGGGACGUGGAUUGAGAGGAGGGAGAGACAGAAGGAGUUCUUGGAUUCAGAGCCCACGGUGUUGGUCGUUGGUGCUGGCCAAGCCGGUUUGAAUAUGGGUGCUCGUCUACAGAACCUGGGGUUGUCCUGUCUGCUUGUUGAUAAGCAUGAGCGAAUUGGUGAUAAUUGGCGUAAGCGGUAUCGCACACUCGUCACCCAUGACCCUGCCGAAUUCACCCACAUGGCCUAUCUUCCCUUCCCGCAAAAUUGGCCGCAGUUCACUCCCAAAGACAAGCUAGGUGACUGGUUUGAAGCUUACGCUAGUAUCAUGGAACUUAACAUUUGGAUGAAGACCUCGGUUACUUCAGCCGACUACAAUGAUGAUACCGCCCAGUGGACGGUAAAUGUGACCCGCGGUGAUGGAUCCAAGCGCACACUUCGGCCACGUCAUCUCGUCUGGUGUACAGGACACUCCGGUGAGGUACGCAUUCCGAGCUUCCCAGGGCAAGAUUCUUUCAAAGGCACAUUAUAUCAUGGUAGUCAACACACCGAUGCGUCUGACUACGACGUUCGGGGCAAGAAGGUCGUUGUCGUCGGCACCGGUAACAGUGGCCACGACAUUGCCCAGAACUACUACGAAAAUGGUGCAGACGUAACAAUGCUCCAACGCAGCGGAACAUAUGUGAUUACUGCCGACAAAGGUGUAUUCAUGAUGCACAAGGGCCUUCACGAAGACGGCGGCCCGCCCACAGAAGAGGCCGACAUUGUCUCAGAGAGCUUGCCCUUCCCAGUUCAAUUCGCACUCAGCGUGCACAUGACCCAUCGCAUUGCAGAUGCCGAGAAAGAAACAUUGGAUGGUCUGCGCCGUGCAGGGUUCCAAUUGGACUUUGGACAUGAUGGAGCUGGUAUUGCUCGAGCAUACUACACGCGCGGUGGCGGGUAUUAUAUCGAUGUUGGCUGCAGCUCGCUUAUUAUCGAUGGCAAGAUCAAGGUGAAGCACAGUCCACAAGGAAUCACUGGCUUUGGCCAGCGUGAAUUGAAACUUGCGGAUGGCACUAACCUGCCUACUGACAUUGUUGUGCUCGCAACUGGAUAUGACAACAUGCGGACGACUGUGCGGAAAGUACUGGGUGAUAAGAUUGCGGACCGAUGCUUGGAUGUUUGGGACUUAGACAACGAGGGAGAACUCCGUGCGAUGUGGCGCCCAAGCGGCCAUCCAGGAUUCUGGUUCUUUGGUGGCAACCUUGCGUUGUGUCGGAUAUACUCCAAGUUCCUGGCGUUGCAAAUCAAGGCUAUAGAAUCGGGAAUCAAGACACAGACCUGGGAGAAGAAGAUCUAA